CUUUAUACAGUAUGAAUGCCUAGGUGAUGACCUUUUUUCCCUAUCUCACAUCUUGCUCAGCCUUUUUCAGCUGACAAAAUAAGGAAAUAGCACUUGAAUAGGCAAUGGCACAUGGCAGGGGUGUUUGGAACUAAUGAUUUUAAGGUCCCUUCCAACGCAAACCAUUUGCAUGCAUCGUGAAAGCAAUUCCAGUAAAACAAUAUCUUGGGUUUACUUUUCCACAUUUGCCUGAACACUGCACCCUGUUAAGAGUUGUGCAACCCCAGGACAGGUAUGGAAGUUGGCAACAGUGAGCUGGAACAUGCUGAUAGUUCAGAUGUCACUGUUGAACUGUCCCCUUCCAACUUUCUAUAGCCAAAACCAGGUACCCUUGUUCAUAGUCACUGUUACAGUUCUCCACCACCAUCAGAACAAAAGCCAGCACUGGGGUGUUGUAAGGCUGUAGAUAAUGUUUCUACUAACAGGACCAAGGAUUAUAAGCAAAGUAUGUUUCCUUAAAGCCCAUGCAUUAUGUUUCCUGAACUGAAGAAAGGCACAAUUCUGAUGCCUCAGAUAAAUUUAAAUGUUUUAUCCCUGCAGAUGGAACAGUUAUAGCUUAGAUUAAAUAUAGGAAUAAAACCUCAAAAGGAACUCCUGGUCUGCUAAGUGUAGUCUGACUGAACAGCUUUGUGGUUUGACCUGAUGAAAGAUGGGGCCUAUGAGCUGAUGUUUCCUGUCUCAAACAUUUCAACAUUUUGUUUCUUCUCCAGACCUGUCCUGCCUUGACUUUUGAUCUAUCUUCAGUAGAGCCUGAGAAGGAGGUCAGCCAAAGAAGCUGUGCUCUGUCAUCCCUGGGACACUCAUGUCAAUUCAGCACCACCACUGAGGCUGGGACAGGGUCUGGUUUUGUGCCAGGAGGAAGGCAACAUCGUGGGUAGGGAUGUUACUGCAUGGAGCUCUAAGGGGAACACUCCUGAUCCUCUCAGCUCCUGUUACAGGAGGAUCUGUUACAGGUGUGAGGAUCUGGGAAUGACAAAGCACAUGAUGAGGUGCAAGGAACCUGUGCAGGUGCCCUCACUUGAGGGCAGAAUAAGCCACCUCUCAUACUGAGCAUUAAGGCCAGUGCUGAGGAGAAGCAAGAGGGAUACAGUCACAGGUGAGUCACUCCUGAGCACAGUGAAAGCACCCAUGUGCUAGAGUCUUUUCAGGAGUGUUUGCUCUCUCCCAGGAGCCUGAGACAGGGAUGUCACCAGACAACUGACUUAAGUUCAGAGCAGCCUUUGGACUGUGCCCAUUCUGGGGUUUUUUUGGGGUUUUUUUUUGGUUUUUUUUAAUUCAUGUGGGUACUGGUGAUAUUGCAACAAGAAGUCCAAGUUUGAUCAAAGAAGUUUUUAGGGCCCUGGACAGAAUGGGAAAAAGUUCCAGAGCAUAGUUAGUAUUCUCCUUAAUCCUUCAAGCAAUGGGGAGAGAUAUUGAAAGUAAAAGGCAUGCCCAAGACCUAGCUUCAGGAUUUGUGCCUCCAGUUUGUUUUUUAUACCCAUGUAAGAGUCUUCUUUAAAACACAAAGUGUGCUGGGACCUGAUGGGAUCCCGUGUGCUGAUGGGAGAGCUCUGGGUCUGCACUGCAUGGGUGUCUCAGGGCAGAGGCAGCCUGCAGGGGAACUGCAGCACCGGGGCCAGCUCUGGGACUCGGGACUUGAGCAGAGCUGGGGGCUGGGACGCAGGAAGUGAAAAGAGCUGAAGUUAAAACAGGAACUCCGAGCAGACACAGGCCCAAAGCUCUCUUGGGCAGCAGGUCCCUGAGCAAAAAGCAGCAAGUUUGCCAGCAGGAACUGGUGAGCCUUUAAAGAUGUGGAAAGCAGCUGUGGGACACAACGUGUCAGUGAAAGUGGAGGCUCAGGGAGACGACUGGGACACGGACCCUGAUUUCGUGAACGACAUCUCCGAGCGGGAGCAGCGCUGGGGAGCCAAAACCAUCGAGGGCUCCGGCCGCGCCGGGCACAUCGACAUCCAUCAGCUGAGGAACAAGGUAUCAGAGGAACAUGAGGUCAUCAAGAAGAGGGAGCUGGAGACCGGCCCCAAGGCAUCCUAUGGCUAUGGGGGCAAAUUUGGAACAGAGCAAGACCGAAUGGAUAAGUGCGCAGUGGGACACGAGUACGUUGCAGAUGUUGGGAAGCACUCCUCCCAGACUGACGCAGCCCGGGGCUUUGGUGGCAAGUUUGGGGUCCAGCGGGACCGAGCAGACAAGUCAGCACUGGGCUUUGAAUACAAGGGUGAGGUGGAGAAACACUCGUCCCAGAAAGAUUACUCCAAGGGCUUUGGUGGCCGUUACGGAGUGGAAAGGGACAAGGUGGACAAAGCAGCUGUGGGAUUUGACUACAAGAGCCAGGCAGAGAAGCAUGACUCUCAGAAAGACUAUUCUGUGGGCUUUGGUGGGAAGUUUGGGGUCCAGAGGGAUCGUCAGGACAAGAACGCCUUUGGCUGGGACCAUCAGGAAGAAGUGCAGCCCCACGCAUCCCAAAGAGACUAUGCCAAAGGAUUUGGAGGUCGUUAUGGGGUCCAGAAAGAUAGAGUGGAUAAGAGUGCUGCUGGCUUUGAUGAGAUGGCAGCUCCCACCUCCUCCUAUGAGAAAACAAGACCCCUGGAGGCAGGAGCUUCCAGUGGCACCAGCAGCCUGCGGUCCCGGUUUGAGCACAUGGCCAGGUCGGCAGAGGAGGGGAGCAGCAGGCAGGCAGAGGAGGAGCGGGGCAGGCGGCAGGCCCGGGAGCACCGGGCGCCUCAGCAGCAGCAGGAAAUCCCUCCGAGAGAGAAGGAGCCCACUGGGGCAGCCCCUCCAGCCAUGCCAGCAAGGGUACCCGGGAGCACUGCUGGGGACCAGCCCGUGUCACCACGAGAGCAGGAAGCCAAAAGGGAGGAUGAGGAAGUACCACCCACUUUGCCACCAAGGCCAGCAGAUCUGGAUGCAGAGCUGUGCAAGGUCCCCAGCCAGGGCCAGCCCACCUACAGUACAAGUUUGGAUGUUGGUGGGGACUAUGAGGAGCUGCCCGAGCCCUCUGACUACUGUGACAUUACCAGUGGAGGUGCUGACUAUGAGGAGCUGCCAGCCCCGCUGGGAAAUGACUUUGGAGGAGAUGGAGGUGAAGACUACGAGGUGAUCCUUCCUCAGGAGCCCAGACAGAGCCAGCCCCACCCGGGGAUCGUGGAUGGUACUUACGGGGGGCAGAGCCCCGGGAUCUGUGCAGUGGCUCUCUACGAUUACCAAGGAGAUGGAGAUGAUGAGAUUUCUUUUGAUCCUGAUGACACAAUCACGCACAUUGAGAUGGUGGAUGAAGGCUGGUGGCGGGGACAGUGCCACGGCAGAGUCGGCCUCUUCCCAGCAAAUUAUGUGAAGCUUCUGCAAUGAAAUGUGCACAGUGCAAGCUGCUUCCUUCCAAACUUUUGCCUCUGUUGUGGUUUGACACUGGCCAAAUGCCAGAUACCCACUAAAGUCACUCACUCAUCCUCCCCUGCCACAGCUGGGCAGAGGAGAGAAAAAUUUAAUGAAGGCUUCAUGAGUUGAGAUAAGGACCGGGAGAAAAGACUCCAAGGGCAAACCAGGCUUGAUUUAGAGGUACAAAAUUAAUUUGUUACCAACAGAGUCAGAGGAGGAUAAUGAGAAAUAAAAUAAGCCCCUAAAACACCUUUUUUCCCUCCUAGCCCCUCCCUCCUCCCACCAACAGUGCAGGCAGACAGAGCAUGAGGGUUUUGCUCAGUUUAUCACUGAGAUUUUCUUCCUCUGCUCUGGGAGAGGAGCCCUGUCCCUGUGAGACCGUGGGGUCCCUCCCACGGGAGACAGUUCUCCGUGAACUUCUCCAGAGUGGGUCCACUCUCAUGAGCAGCAGUCCUCCCAAAACUGCCCUGCCGUGGGUCGCUCUUCCAGGGGGUGCAGCCCUCCAAGGACAGGCUGCUCCAGCCUGGGAGCAGGGCCCCUCUCUCCCCUGGCCCUUCCACAGGAUCCCAGCCUGCUCCAGGCACCCACCAGCUCCAGCGUGGGCACCUCCCCGGGGCUGUGGGGGGAUCUCUGCAUCCCCAUGGGCUGUGCAUGGAUCUCUUAAUCCCCGUGGGUCCGCUUGGACUGUGGGUGGAUCUCUGCAUCCCCAGGGGCUGCAGAGGAACCUCGGCUCCGGUGCCUGGAGCAGCUCCCGCCCCUUCUUCUCCACUGCCCUUGGUGUCUCCAUGUUGUUUCCCUCACAUGUUCUCUCCUCCCUUUUCUCUAGCUGGAAUUCAAAUUGCUCCUAUCUUUGUUUUGAUUCUCUUCUUAAAUCUGUUAUCACAGAGGCGUUCCCAUCAUCUCUAACUGGCCCAGCCCUGGCCAGCAGCGUAUCCAUCUUCAGAGCCAUCAAGGAUUGGCUCUGCCAGACGUGGUGGAAGCUUCCAGCAGCUUCUCACAGGAGCCACCUCUGUGGCCCCCUUGCUACCAAAAAUCAGGCUGUGCAAAACUAACACAUCCCACCUCUUGCCUCUGUGGAUCACGUAUUUCAGAAGAAAAUCAAAACAUAGUGAGCACAGUUUGUUUGUAGUCAGAGAAGAGGAGGUGGUGAGAACAUGUGAGGGAAGCACCAUGGAGACACCAAGGUGAGUGGAGAAGGAGGGGCAGGAGGUGCUCCAGGCACCAGGUACCAUCAUAGCAGGAACAAACCAGGGACAGCUGAGUAGAUUUCUCUGCAGGCCGGGGGGAGGACCAUGGUGUGAAGUGUUUUUUCACAGUCCUUAACUCAUGGAUCCUUCAUUUAAUUUUUUUUCCCUCCUCUGCCCAGCUGUGGCAGGGGAGGGUGAGUGAGUGACUUUUGUGGGUGCCUGAUGUUUGGCCAGAGUCAAGCCACAGCAGCCUGUCUCUGCUUCAGCCUUUCCCAUAUUAUCAGCUUUGGUUCAGCUUAGUAUAUCCAGCUCAGAGAAAUAUCAAGGAGCAAACUGGCUGUGCCAGAGGAAAUGUUUUGUCUUAUGCCCAAGAGGAUUUUGAUUCCCAUCCACUUCCAGGUGGGAAAGGUGGGAUGGUUUAAGAGCAUAUGAGUGCAAUAUGUCUUUUUUAUCUAGGCUGCCCCACCUGUCAGCCAGCAAGCCUGCAGGACUGUGUCCUGUUCCCAGUGGGGCAAAUCCCAGAGCAGAAAUGCCAAAUCUAGUCCAGGCAAGGCAGAAGGGAUGUGAGCUGUGGGACUUUUGUCAGUUGCUGUGGCCCUGGAUCUCAUCCUGGUCAGGGGUCAGGGAAAAGAGCUGGGAAAGCCAAAUUUGUGUUUAUUCCAAGGAAGGGUUUCCAUUUUUAGGAUGAGCCAUGUUUGCAGCAUGGACCAGAGAAACAGGAGCGUGGUCUGUGUGCCCCUUUUGGGCACAGGUGUGUCUGUCCCCGGGGGCUGUGGCCUCCCUCACCGCUUCUGCUCUGGCCUGGCUCCAGUUGUGUCCUGGUGAUUCUGUGACAGCUCAUGUCCCCUGUGCCUGCUGGAGGCUCCUGAAAAGGCCCCCUGACUCUUCACCACAGAUGUGGGGAAAAGGUGGGCAGGUGGGAAGCAGGGCAGGAGGAAACGUUUCAUUGCUAAUGUUUAAAACUGUUUUCAGAAAUGCAAAGCAAAGCCCUCCCUCAAGCCAGCACCUCUUAGGUGGAUGCUCAGCUGUGGGAAUUGUUCCUCUGUGGGAUGCAGGUACCAUCAUAGCAGGAAUAAACCAGGGACAGCUGAGUAGAACAGCACCUGAGGGGCUGUGGGGGCACACCCCAGUCACUGCCAGUAGUGUGUGCAGGGGGUCCCACUGUGGCACUGAGGCUUUAGAGUUCAGUGUGGUUCACAGGUGAGGUCUGGGCCACCCAGCAGUUGAACAAGCCCGUACUACCUUGGCAGGAGUGUGGCAUUCCUGCUCAGUGUUUGAUCCUGGGAAAGCUCAAAGGCUGUGUCUGUCUGUCACAGGAAAGAUGCAUUGGGGUUCAGGUUAAAAAUUACCAAUUUUAAUGUAACUUUUCCCAAGGUUUCUUGUUUGGGUUUCUGGUUGGUUGGCUUUGGGGGUUCUGUUUGGAGUGCUUUGGGUUUUUUGUUUCUCUGGGGUAACUUCCCCAGUCUUUUUCCUUGUGCAGUUUCUGCUGUGUUUCCAGCUGUCCCUUUCCAGGGGCUCUUCAGAAAGGGUUCAUUGGUCAGACUCUGGUGUGUCCAGUGACACCGGACUGAGGGUAUUUCAAGGACCUUUCUGAAUCCAGAAGGGCAAAUAGCAAGGAGGGCUGAGGGGCUCACAACCUGUCUGGAUAGGAGCAACAGCCCAAGCCAGCAGGUGGGUUACAGAAACAUUUCUUUCCCUGAAGAGUAAACUCAGCAUGUGUUGUGCACUAAGAAAUGGCAAACUGCUCCCAACAAGGCUGUGUGCCUCCUAGUCCCACUUCUGACUCUCCAGUGCGUUUCUUGGGGAACAGAUUAGAUAUUGUUGGGUAUCUCUUGGUAACUGAGCUACAGAUGAGCAUGUUUGGGUCCAGCUGGUGUAGGCUGUGUGACUGCAGGUGUGACCUGCCUGUGUCAUCUCCUUUGCCCCAGUGAGCCCCUGCUCCUGGCUCUGCUGCAGUGCUGGACACUGCUCUGCUUCAUGAACACACCUGCAGAUUUGGACACUGCCCCCACACCCACAGAAUCAUUUGAGCUUGGACCCAGGCUGGAAGAGGGGACUGAGGCAGCCGCACAUCCCCAGCCAGUCCUCAGCCACCAUCACCCAGAACCACACCACACACAACAGCUGCGCUGGGAAAUGUUGGGUUUUGGCCAAAAAGCAAAGCAUUUCUGGUGAGUUCAGUGCCACCAGCUCUCAGUGCUGAGACCUCCAUGUCUGACUGCAGCACUGAGACCACGGGUGGGCUGUGCAAGCCGCUGUGCUUAUGUACAAAGUGCUGCAGAGCCUCCCUGGCAGCCCUUUCCCAUGAGGAGACCCAGCAGACAUCAGAUUUAAAGCCAAGGCACAUGGGAACGGUGGAUGAUGGGACAGCCCCUCUUGCCCAGGCUGGGUUUUGCAGUCCAAGACACUGCCCUUGUUCUGCACAGGGCCUGACUCAAGACCUCGGGCAGCCCUGAGGUGGAGCAGGUGGCUAUGCUCAGGGCCAGCACGUCUGCCACCACAUGAAUUUGCUUUUUGCAGGGUUCCCUGGCAGUAGCACAUCUGCAGCAGGUCCUGUGCCAAGCUCAGCACAUGGCAUCUGGAAAAUAAAGACAGAAUCCUGA